UGACUUUAACUGCAAAAAACGGCAUGCUGUAGUGUUGAUGCUGGGGAAUGCAGACACACAGGUAGUCAUUAAGGCGUGUGAGAGGUGUGUUUACUGGUUUGUGUGCAUUAUAGCAAUACUAAGACGAGGUGUAGUCAGAAAGUGUGAUUUAGAAAGGGAGGGAUUGAUGAAAGAGAGUGAGAGAGUGAAAGGGGGAGGGAUGAAGAAGGUGAGAUUGUGCCCAGGCUCAUUCUGCAUAGCCGAAGAGAGAGAGAGAGUGUAGCAGGAGCUUGUUUUGUGUAGCUGCUAGUUCAGCACUGUUAGCUGCAGUCUCUGCUUUGUUGUACUGAGGGUUCGGCCAUGCUGUUUGCUCUGCCCAGACUCGCUGUGUUCAUCUCUGCAGUGCUGUUUAACGGUGGUGUAGUCUGGGCAAGUACACAAACAGAUCUUGAUCCAGGGUUCCUCCAGUGUCAAGAGUGUUUUUUCAGAGGCACACCACCACACUCACUGUCUGAGCUGGGUUUGGAGCAGAGGUGUCACAGACAUCUGACCGGACGGCCUUUUGCAUCGCUCUAUAAUGCCAACUGCCAAGCCACCGUCUAUACAGCCCUUCACCUCGGCUUGAAUAAUGGAUGGGGCAGAGGAGAGCAGAGCACGCAGGAUGCCAAAGAAGAGAUCAAUGAUGAUUCCCCUGUGGCUAUCCCAGCUCUUUACAGAGGAACCACCAAUGAGACCCCAUCACCCCAUCACAGCUACCCUCUCUUUAAAUGGGAUGCUUUGACAGCAGAGUUUAUACAGAGCUCCAUCAUACCAAUGUGUUCAAAGACAAGUGGAGACAUUUACAUGCAGAUUGGUUUAGGUGGUUUAAAUGAGUGCAGGGGAAAGCUGUUGUGGUCAGCAGUGUGUUGUGCUGCAUCAGAUGGAGAUGGUAGUUUCAGUGUUGGGCUAGUGAAGGAGGGGGAUGUGAAGGUGCUCAGCAUUAAGGCUUUGGAGGAGUUAAUAGGAGUUACAGGCCUGUUUUCAGGAGGUUGUGGUGAAGUAGGACAUCAGAGUGAAGAGGAACUUGCAUCGCUCUUGAAAACGCAACUGAAUGGCAUUGAAACACCCAACUCUGAUGAGCAAAGUGAAGAGCACAUCGGCGAACACAACUCUCAGGAAGCAGAAACAUCAGAAUCAAGAACAGAGGAAGUGACUUCGGAGCAUGUUAAUGGUGAAGCCCGAAGCUAUACAUCUUUGAGCUCAGACAUGGAGAUUCAAGAGAGCACCAAUGAGACAGAGAGCUCCGAGUCUGUCAUACUCAAAGUUUUGUCUUCUACCAUCUAUCUCUUUUAUGCCCCUUUCUCUCCGAUCGUAAACAGAGUCAUUAACCUUCCCUUCCAGGUAACCUACGUUCUUCAGGAAGAUCUGGCUGUUCUGGCCUCGGUGCCUGGUGACAGCUGCACUUUGGUCAACAACUUGGUCUCAGGGGUGUAUUCUGGCAUUUCAUGCAUCUUGAACACCUUGUACCAGACAGGAGAAACGAGUGUGUGCACGACUUACGCCUGCCUCAGUCCGUUAGCCGAAAGCCUGUUUGUGGCUUUCCAGGAAGGAUUCAUAGGGACAGGCACUCUGGCGUCGGAUGCCUUGGGAAUCAUGACGGGAACAGUGGGGAAUGGUUUUAGGAUCAUCAGGAUGAUUCUCGGCUCAGUCUUGGAUCAGAUGGUAGAUUACCUAUGUGUCGUAUCCUCAGAAAUGGGCCACCAGGUGUCAACAGUGGGAAGUGGGGUUGGCAAACUUACCUGGAGAAGUGGAAAGGGGGUGGGCCACAUGCUUAACAUAGUAGCAUCCAUCAUAGGUGGAGUAGUGGACAAUACACUAUCGAAUGUCCAGGAAGCUUUUGGAGGGAGCUCAGAGGAAUCAUCUGAAUUGCAAACACCUGACUUGCCGAAGUCUGAAGUGGUUGGUGAAUAGAGUUAAAUGUGUGUAUGUAUAUGCCUGUGUUAGAUACCUUAUUUGCAUAUUACACCACAAAUAAAGUGCAUUAGUGCCUGUCCAUUUUUUCAGCCGCUUUGGUUCCGGAAGUAUUUUUCCUAUUUAUUUUUCCCAUUGAGAAGUCUUUGUUAAGGACUUCACGGAGUCCUGAAUCAAGCCAACUAUCUACUACUGUAGGUGAAUCAUAACAUUACAAACUUUGAUUUAAAGAAUCACAUUAUUUGAAAAGGUGCAGAACUGUGCACUUAACAUCUAUUUUAUGUGAUAUAUUUCCAAAUUAUGUCAUUCACAGUGUUUCAUGGAGGUGGACGGCUGCUAAAGGGUUGGUGCAAUUUGCUGUUUCAGUUCUCCAAAUGAUAGAGAGAUUUUUCUGCAGAAUCAUAAUGUAGUUUGGAUUUGAUGUUGGAAUUGAGCAUUUAAAAAAUAAGUAGAAAUAAUGCAGACUGAUGGCUUCAGCAAAAGCAUAUACCAUCGAUUACCAAUCUUGUAGCUCACAGUAGGUCUGUAUUAAAUGAUUUAUAAGUUACUGUUAAAAAUCAAUUCCCCUAUGGGGAAACUGAAUGGGAUUUUUACUUCCGGAUCCUGACAGUUGCACUCUAUAAGUGUCAGGCUGCACACUGAAUAUUAACCAUAGAGCAUGUGGUUAUAAAUCAUGAAACCUCUGUUUUACAUUCUGCCUUAAAAUACCUACAUAAACCUCCACGUUUUUUUGUAAAAAGAAAGGUGCAGGGUGAUUUGUAUAUCUUUCAAGGUGCUGAGAAAUGUUUGUUAAGUGUCAGAAAGAUGAUGGAAUUGUUGUUUAAUGUUGGUGAUUUCAUCUGACAUAUAAAGACCUUGCUGUGUCAUGGUUUAUUUGCUGCAAUAAAACCUCUUCUCUGUGA